ACGAGGCGCUCCCAUCUGCGCCGAGCACCACUCCAAAACAACUAGCUGCGCGCGGCUCGGGCGCGUGCUCUCGUGAUGGGAGUAACGUACCAGAGGCUGCUCUCGCCGGGGAGCCGACCGCGGGGCGGCGGAGGAGGAGGCAGGGCGCGGGCGAGGGCGUGGGUGCUGCUGCGGUGGGCGGCGGUGCGGCUGAGCUGCGCGGCGAGGAGGCGGUACUGGUGCGGCGGACGCUCGAGGCGGCUGGCGUGGGCGGGUCUGUGCGGGAGGGGCACGGCGCCGGCUGCGGCGGCGGCGGAGAGGGGUAAGAGGAGGAGCACGGCGGCGGCGGGGUACGACUCGGCGAGCUACGCGCGCAACUUCGACGACGGGGCGUGGAAGGCGGAGGAGGGCGUGUCCUGGGCCGGCACCGGCGGCGCAUUCGCCCGCGCCAGCGUCAGCGACGCCAUGUCCACCGGUGAUCCCAUUCCGAGCUCCACUAGCUGACUGAUAAUCAGUGUAUCAGCAAUGGAUCACACGCAUUUCUCAUAAUUCUAUCUGUGUUAAUUUACUUCCUUCAGCUACGCAAAUAUUCUGGACUUGCUUGUUCAGAGGGUGAAAAAAAAUGCAAUUUUUUGACCUGUGUCCAAUUAGAACCUCCUGUCGAGAGUAGUAUUUUACUGAAAUUGGACGAUUCAGUGAAUCGGAACACCUUGUUCACUGCA